GGGAUUGCAGUUAGUAACAGAAUGAUAUCUCCACUGGUUGCCCUCUGUCUGGUCGGUGGGAUCUUGCUUGAGGCACAUCUAUCCUCAGGGGCUCGCAGAGCAGCCCAGUAUACCCUGUGCACCUUCGAUUCGAUCAGCUACGACAAGUGUUUGGCUGUGGUGAAGGCCGCCAGGGAAGCCAAUCGGACAUCUCCACUACACUGUGUUUCACGGGAGAAUCGUACGGAAUGCCUGGAGACGGUGAAGGACGAAGAUAAUCAUUAUGUGGUGCUCGAUCAGCACGACUAUAUGGCAGCACGUGAAGCGGGUCUCCGUCCGAUUAUAUUUGCCCGCGUAGAGCGAAAGAACUUCAUUAUAGCCGUGGCGCCAAGGAAUAUCAGCCUUAUCGAGUACAAUGAGGCUUCACUCAAUGUGGACACAGACGACGAGAGGGCCUUCCAUUCCGCCCUGGCAUUCAAUGCCCUACGGGGCCGCAAUGUCUGCCCGGAUACCCCGUCAAUAUCCCAACGUAGAUCCAUACGAAUUUUGAACUCUGAUCAGUACAAGCCCUUUGCCGAUUCGGAGGAUAUUUUGCUAUGUCCUUUUGCAACCUAUGCGGAGACAAAUUCCUUUGCCUUCUGCAACUAUGAUGCAGGUCUACAGAAUGCAGUCUUUGUUUACAAGCAAAGAGGAUUUCCACGCCGAAAAGUCAGAGAAUUGAGAAGGUCAUUGCUCGAUCUACUGAACAACUUUAAUGGAAAGCGGUUUUUCAAUUUCUUUGAUACUUUCAAGGGCGUAAACGAUGUGAUAUUCAAGAACAACACGAUUGGAUUUGAUGUGAAACCAAGCUAUGUGAAUGGCAUCGAUGAGAAUAUCUUUGGGGAAUUGCAUUGCAAUCAAGCUGAUCACAAGGACAAUCCAGGACAAUUGGGUGAUGAUUUGGAGACCAACAAUUGAUUGUAAUUCCUAAAUAGAGAAUUUUUUGCCUCCCUGCAUUCCA